UGUUUCCUGUGCCUGGUGGAUGUUGUCCCAGUGAAGAAUGAGGACGGCACCGUGAUCAUGUUCAUCCUCAACUUCGAGGUGGUGAUGGACCGGGCUGUGCUGACCAGCUCCGCCAAGAACACCAACCACUGGGUUUCGCCUGCCGCCUGGUUGCCCACAGGCCGUGGCAAGUCUUUCCGGCUGAAGCUGCCGGCGCUGCUGGCUCUGGCUGGGAGCAAACAGUCACUCCCGCAAGACGACCCCGACGGGGCCGUGGUGGUGGACUUCUCCAAGCAGAGCAGCGAGUCCGUGGCCCUGGACGAGGUCACCUCCUCCCUGGACAACAACUGCCUGGGCUGCGAGGAGCCCGAGGACCAGCAGGCCCUGAUGGAGCGCAGGGGGGAUGGCCACGAGGACCCCCCCAUCACCCACUCCUCCCCUCGGACGGACAAAGCCCACCUCCACCUGGAGGCCUCCUUCUCCAACUGCAGCUUGACCCGCAGCCGGUCCCGCGAGAGUUUCUACAGUGUGCGCCGGGCGUCCUCCGUGGACGACAUCGAGGCCAUGAAGGGCGAGGGGGACAAGGGCUGGGCCCACAGCCGGCACGCCAGCACAGGGGCCAUGAACAACAUCCGGAGUCAUCUGUUGAACUCCACCUCAGAUUCGGACCUCAUGCGCUAUCGUGCCAUCAGCAAAAUUCCCCAGAUCACCCUCAACUUUGUGGACUUCAAAGCCGAGGCCUUCCUUACGUCCCCCUCCAGCGAGAAGGAGAUCAUCGCCCCCAGCAAGCUCAAGGACCGCACCCACAACGUCACCGAGAAGGUCACCCAGGUCCUGUCUCUGGGGGCCGACGUCCUCCCAGAGUACAAGCUGCAGGCUCCCCGCAUCCAUAAGUGGACGAUCCUGCACUACAGCCCAUUCAAGGCAGUCUGGGAUUGGCUGAUCUUGCUGCUGGUCAUCUACACGGCCAUCUUCACCCCCUACUCGGCGGCCUUCCUGCUCAACAACCAGGAGGGGCGCGACCACCGCACCUGCGGCUACUCCUGCAGCCCCCUCAACGUGGUCGACCUGAUUGUGGACAUCAUGUUCAUCAUUGACAUCCUGAUCAACUUCCGCACCACCUACGUCAACUCCAACGAGGAGGUGGUCAGCCACCCGGCCAAGAUCGCCAUCCAUUACUUCAAGGGCUGGUUCCUGAUCGACAUGGUGGCGGCCAUUCCCUUCGACCUGCUUAUCUUUGGCUCUGGAUCAGAAGAGACCACCACCCUCAUUGGGCUGCUGAAGACCGCGCGGCUGCUGCGUCUGGUGCGCGUGGCCCGCAAGCUGGAUCGCUACUCGGAGUACGGGGCAGCCGUACUUUUUCUGCUGAUGUGCACCUUUGCCCUGAUUGCACACUGGCUGGCCUGCAUCUGGUACGCCAUCGGGAACAUGGAGGGCAAGGCCAUCGGCUGGCUGCACUCCCUGGGUGGCCAGAUCGGCAAGCCCUUCAACGAGAGCACCCACCACCUGGGCCCCAGCAUCAAGGACAAGUACAUCACCGCCCUCUACUUCACCUUCAGCAGCCUCACCAGCGUGGGCUUCGGAAACGUGUCGCCCAACACCAACCCGGAAAAGAUUUUCUCCAUCUGCGUCAUGCUCAUCGGCUCGCUGAUGUAUGCCAGCAUCUUUGGGAAUGUGUCCGCCAUCAUCCAGCGGCUGUACUCGGGCACGGCCCGCUACCACACCCAGAUGCUGCGGGUGCGAGAGUUCAUCCGCUUCCACCAGAUCCCGAAUCCCCUGCGCCAGCGCUUAGAAGAAUACUUCCAGCAUGCCUGGUCUUACACCAAUGGCAUCGACAUGAACGCGGUGCUGAAGGGCUUCCCUGAGUGCCUGCAGGCCGACAUCUGCCUGCACCUGAACCGCAGCCUGUUGCAGAAUUGCCGCCCCUUCCGGGGCGCCAGCAAGGGCUGCCUGCGCGCCUUGGCCAUGAAGUUCAAGACCACCCACGCCCCGCCGGGGGACACCCUGGUGCACGCAGGGGACGUCCUCACCGCCCUCUACUUCAUAUCCCGCGGCUCCAUCGAGAUCCUCAGGGGUGACGUGGUGGUGGCCAUCCUAGGGAAGAACGACAUCUUUGGGGAGCCACUUAACCUGUACGCGCGGCCUGGCAAGUCAAAUGCAGAUGUGCGAGCCCUGACGUACUGCGAUCUGCACAAGAUCCACCGCGAAGACCUUCUGGAGGUGUUGGACAUGUACCCAGAGUUCUCUGACUACUUCUGGUCCAACCUGGAGAUUACUUUCAAUCUGCGAGAUACAAACAUGAUCCCGGGUUCACCCAGCAGCGACGAGAUGAAUGGUGGCUUCAACCGGUUGCGACGGCGCAAGCUCUCCUUCCGCCGGCGCACAGAGAAAGGUGAGCACAGGGCCAGAGAGCGCCGCCUCCCUUCUCCCCCACGGGGCUCAUCCCUCGCAGUAGUGCCAGAUGGGCACGGGCUGGAGAACCGCCUGACUGCGGACAUGGCCACCAUCCUGCAGCUGCUGCAGCGGCAGGCCGUGCUGGUGCCCCCCGCCUACAGCACAGUCUCUUCCCCGCUGCCACCACCACCAAAUCCUGGACCAUCCUCCGGGGAGCACCCCCUGCCCCUCACCCCUAUCCCGGCCCAGGCGUUCUGCACCCCACCACAGAUUCCCUGUUUCCUGGCACCCGGCAUGGAGGCUGCUGAACCCAGUGAGGAUGUGGUGCUGCUGGUGGAGCCGCCCUGCGCUGCCCCUCGCCGCCUUUCGCUCCCAGGACAGCUGGCUGCAGCACUGUCCCCGGACUUGCCCCCAGAUCUGCACAGACACGGCUCGGACCCCGGCAGUUAAUGGACUUGGGUGGAGGACCAGCCGAGGGUCUCUCAGCUAGCGGGGAACAGCCCCGCCUGUGGACGGGGAGCGCCAGGAGCCCCGCGGCUGCCCAAGGCGUGGCCGGGGAGGGCCGGCCACUCCACAAUGUUAGCUGGCCUAACAGACAGGACAGCGCCGGGGGGGCACUCCCGGGGGACUGGCUGGAGGGCCUGGGUAUGUGUAGGAGCAGUGGGGUUACGAAGAUGAUGAAAAAUGAGUAGAUGCGAUGCCAACCAGGGUCAGAAUGCCCAGUGGGGCCCUAAACAUAUCAUCCAAGAGCAUGUUGUGUAUCAUCGUUGCGGGGGCUUUGACCAACCCCAGGUCUCUGAGCUGGAAGGCCAGGAGGACACGAAUGCUCCUGCAGGGGACAUUCCGGCUGGACCCCCACAGCCAGCAGGAACCCCAGCCUCCAUAGGUGGAGCUGGGCUCAUUGCGGUCCGCCUGUCCGCACGUGCGCUACCCCGGAUGAGAGCAAUGCAGGGGCGUAGAAUCCCUGGACCCUGCUUCCCUCUUCCUUGUUUUGAGAUAAGCCCCCCCCC